UCACUAGUUGCACUACUUUUACCCAAUCCCUCUUAACUAAAACGAAAGUAGGUAUGUCAGCUAGUUGUCAGUUUUUCUUGGUAAAUCAACGCAUCGGCAAAGAUCUCAGGUUGUGGACACCAAAAUAAACAUACGGCGAUAGGGAUAGUGUGGCUUAGUGCUGCUAUUCCAAUCGUUGGCAGCAUGUUUAUCAGACUGACGGUGACUGAUCCUGUCACAAAACAAGAAGAGAAUGGCUGUAUCUUCAUCACGCGCACACACAACACGGAGAAAGGGAUCACGGAACAGGAAGUCCAGAUCACGGACCCCGGCUGCCUCUGCAUCAUGAGAAUCAUGCUCAAGGGCCCGUUUGAAGUCGAUAAUGGACGAUAUCCAAAAGUGGGGAAAUUUUUCAGAGAUAGUGACCGGAAAAUGAAGAUAAUUAACCGAUUACAUAAAGUCCUCAAACGACUGUUUUUUAAAAUGUGUGUACAAGCCAUGAUGAUUGUCAAAAUGAAUGAAUUCACAAUGGUCAAAUUAUAUGAGGAAAUCUGCUUCGCCGAUAUCCGAGUGUUUGCCUUGAUGAUUUUGAGAAUGUCCACAUGGCGCGAGGUUAUCGUCGAUAUCAAUGGCACGAGAUCAACUAAUCUACGCGAACUUCUACAGGUCUACGCAUGCCCAGAGGAGGAUUCGACCAAUAUUUGUGAUGAGACUUUUUUGAUGCAGAUGUCUCUCUGCAAUUACCUUCAAGACCGGUGUGGGGACAAGUCGGACGUAGGGCAAAGAGCGGACAAACUGCUUGAACUAUUCAAAGAUACCCUCACUAACAAUGGCCACCAGCGGAGGAGGAUGGAGCUGAUGUAUGGACGACAGCACGAAUAUUCAAUAGUCUUCUGCUCGUGAUGCAGUAAACUAUUAUUCAGUAAUUCAAAAAGAACUUUUUUCGCAAUAUCACAUUAUGUACCGGUAAUUGUAUUUAUAUUUUAUGAAACUGAUCAUGUUUUGUACUAGAGGCCUUGGGGAAACAUUUGAUGAGUCUUACUCUAUUUCAUACCCCCCCCCCCCCCCCCGAGAUGUAGUCUGUAUACUAUAUGUGUGUUUAGUACUUUACAUUGCUCUCUGUCCAAAGAGUCUCUUAGUUUAUUGAUAGCUGGUACGAAAAAAAUAUUCAGUAAUUAGAGCAAGGUUACUUAGAGGCUAUUUCAAACCAUUGAAGACUUAUACUUUUCUAAAACAAAAUUACGAGAAUAACUAGCCUUCAUCAAAAUGGAAAAAAAUCUUCACUGUUUAGAACUAUUAACCAGAGAUGAUUCUAGAACACAUUGCGUUCGUAUUCACUUAUAAAAUUCAGCUAGUAUUUCAAUCUGAUGGAAACAAGAUCUUUGAUCCACUCUAAUAAUUUGAUGUCGCUUUGUAUUAGGGACAUCAGAAUAUCGGAGCGGAUCCGGUUUUAAUCAGAUUGCCAGCAUGCUGACCUUUGGAAAUGAGAAAAACAAACUAAGUUAUAUAAAUACAUGCAAUUUUUUAUUUUUGAAAUAUUUUUUCACAAUUUAUUUUGAAUUUUGUAAAAAUCUAUGGAAAUAUUACACUUGCUCGAUUGGCGGUGUUGACUGUUCGAGGACUAGAUGGACAAUGUGAAAGUUGUGUCACGGCCAGGAUUUCCCGAAGAAAAAAACUUAAAUCAAAACUUGGACUAAAGAAUUUACUAAAAUUUUGACUGCUUAAGAAUUUGAGCUAUUUUUUUUCUUUCGAAAAAUCCAAGCCUGUUUGACUGUCUUUUGGGAAAAUUGUAACAUUACUCACAAAAACACGUGUUAAAUUGUAACAUUACUCAUAAAAACACGUGUGUUUACAUGUACUUUAACUGCAUAAUAAACAUCCACAAAAACCAACCAAUGGAAGAAAUCAUUACCUUGGAUAUUGAAGUACGAUGUCUGUCUGUCGUUGUACAUUUAUGUUUACUGAUAAAUGCAAUGUAAUAGUAUAGCUUGGUCCGUAGAAAACAACGCGAUGCAUUCUAAUGAAUAAAUAAAAUGUCCCAAAGGGGA